UCUUUCUCUUCCCUUCUACCUCCAAUCUCUCUAUCUCUCUCUCUCCACUUCAAUAAAUCCCUUCAUUAUUUCUCGUCCCUUCUACCUCCAAUCUCUCUCUCUCCCAUGGAAAAUUCACCCAGCCCACGCAAAUCCGAAGCUCGUCGAAGCAAAACAAUGUCAAGGCAAAUGCAAAUCUAUGACGACUUUGCCGAAAAUCUCCCAUUAUGUCUCAUCCCUCCCUUCAAAUCUCGACUAUCCCUUCUCCAAAUCCCACCACAAGAGUCUCCAUCCCCGGUUAAGAGAACCAAACAUUGCCUCACACCCAACAAGAUAGUGAGAAGCCCCACCAUCUUGGGCCGAUCUCUGGGGGCUCUUGAAGAUCUCCGCGUUGAACCAAUGAAUAAGAAGAAACCUCGAAGAAACAGUAGGCAUUCGAGGAGGAGAUCAGAUCAAGGAGAAUUUGAAGAUAGAAAGAGAGAUUUGGAUAUGGUUGAGGAGCAUAACAGAGCAAGAAGGAGCAGGCAUCUCCGUUCUGGUUCUCGUCGUGAGAAAGUAAUCUUGGACGUUCCAGCUCUUCCUUCUACAGCUGCAGAGAUUCCUGAAGCUAAAGAGGGGAGCCUCUAUUGUUAUAUUGAGGAGCAGGUUGUUGAUUUGAUAAUGUGGAAGGAUGUUUCUAAGUCCAGUUUAUGGUUCGGUUUGGGGUGUCUCUGCUUCUUAUCGACAUGCUAUACCCGGGAAAUUAACAUCAGUUCUGUAUCAGUGGUCUCAAAUUUGGGUCUCCUACUCCUGGCUGUGUCAUUCCUUUUCAACUCUUUCUCUGGCAUUAGGGAGAAGAAGAAUGACCUACGAAGGAGAUAUGAGCUGAAUGAAGAUGAUGUUAAACGGGUUGUUAGAGUCGUGCUUCCACUGGCGAAUGAAGCAUUCGCCAAAAUACGAGAACUUUUCUCUGGCGAGCCCUUGAUGACUCUUAGAAUGGCUCCCCUUCUUCUUCUAGCAGCUGAAUUUGGGCCCCUGCUAAGCAUAUGGAGGUUGGCUGCAGCUGGAUUUCUUGUCAGCUUUACAGUCCCAAAACUCUACUCUUCAUAUUCAGAUCAGAUACAGAGACAAGUUAAAUGCACGGGGAAGUGGUUUUUGGAGGCUUGGUCAGCUUGCUCUCAUAAGAAGAUUGUAGUUGCAUCAGUAGCUACAGUAUUUUGGAAUUUGUCCACAGUAAAGACACGAGCAUUUGCAGCAUUCUUAUGUCUGGUAACUCUUCGCCAUUACCAGCAAGUAAGACGAAUCGAAGAAGAGCAGCAUGGUUUGCUGGUUGUUUCAGAGGCUUAAACAUUUCAGCCUUUCAUGUGAAGCUUUGUAUAUGCUCUUUUAUCCUUAUUUUCCACUUUUGCCACGCGGUUAAGCUGCCAUUUAUCUUAUAUAUUGUAUGUAAUGUCAAUAUAAAUGGAUUUUAUAUCAAUACCAGCCACCAUUAUUUUCAUA